GUCAAUGUCCAGAUGGGGUCUUCCCAAUCCAUAUACACCGUUGUUUAUAACCUCGCUUGGCUCAUUGGACGAUUGGUUACUCGGAGCUUGAGGUCAAUGAGCCUUGACAACACUGAAAGGCCACAUUCGCUGUUCGAGGUUGGGCCCCUGCUUCCGAGAAAAUGCCCGCUCCGCUUCCUGCUGCUGCCGAAUACAUUGCCGGAGGGGUGACGUCCUCGAGGGAGCCGCUGAAUGCUGCUUCGCCUUCUACCUUGGCUCCUACGGCCAAUGGAAAUUCGAGCGAGCAUGCUACAUUGGGCGCGGAUGAAGCGUACAAAGGCAAGACGGUGCUGAUCGACAACUACGACAGCUUCACUUACAACAUCGUCGAGUUCCUUUCUGAGCUUGGCGCAGAUGUGAUUGUCUUCAGGAAUGACAAGGUCACAGUCAACGAGAUCGAGGCUCUCCGGCCAGCGAACAUCGUCAUCAGCCCAGGGCCAGGGCACCCUCUGACUGACUCAGGGAUCAGCAUAGAGUGCAUCAAGCACUUUGCUGGUAAAAUCCCCAUGAUGGGAGUUUGCAUGGGUCUGCAAACCAUCUAUGCAGCAUACGCCGGCACGGUUGAAUUCGCUGGCGAAAUUCUGCACGGAAAAACAUCCAAGAUUGUUCACGAUGGAAAAGGGCUUUAUGCAGGUCUGGAUCCCGACGGAGUGGUUGGAACGCGAUAUCACUCCUUGGCUGCACAAAUUUCAUCUUUGCCGUCCGAACUAGUCGUCACCAGCAAAACGGACUCGGGAGUCGUCAUGGGAAUCAGGCAUACGCGCUACACCGUCGAGGCAAUGCAGUACCAUCCGGAGAGCAUCCUGAGCAAAGGAGGCAAGGAGAUGAUGCGUAACUUUCUCUCCUGGAAAUCUGGCACCUGGGCCGAUUGCUCCCAAGCUCUCAUCGAUGCGGAAGCUAUCGCACAUGCUGAGAGCACGAAGACACCAAUCAUGGCGAUGAUGCUUACAGGAAGCCAGCUUACUAGCAACGGAAGCGACUCGGAAAAUAGUGCCAAGAUAGCGCCAAAGCUCGAAACCAUUCUACAGCGCAUCCAUGCCCAGCGCUUGAAGGAUAUCGCUGCCACGAAGGCGCAGCCUGGCUUCUCGCAGAGGGACCUUGACAUUGCCCUGGCAAUGCAUUUGGCUCCUCCACAAAUAUCCUUCCCACAAAGGCUGAUCAGAAACGCGGAACGAAGAUUGCCAGGGGUGAUGGCAGAAAUGAAAAGAGCAUCGCCUUCGAAGGGCGACAUCGACCCGCUAGCUCACGCCGGUGCUCAAGCUGCUGCUUAUGCCAAGGGUGGAGCAAGCGUCAUUUCGGUACUCACCGAGCCGAAAUGGUUCAAAGGAACCCUGCACGACCUCAGCCUUGCAAGGCGUGCAAUUGACAGCAUGCAGGACCGCCCCGCCAUCUUGCGAAAAGACUUCAUCGUCGAUACUUAUCAAAUCGCGGAAGCCCGUUUGGCAGGUGCGGAUACGGUUCUCCUGAUCGUUGCCAUGCUCGAAGAUGCACAACUGCAAGUGCUUUACGAAUACAGCUGCUCUCUGGGCAUGGAACCUUUAGUUGAAGUCAACAAUCUCGAGGAAAUGCAGCGGGCCCUGAAGCUUGGCGCGAAAGUCAUCGGAGUCAACAACCGUAAUUUACAUGAUUUUAAGGUUGACAUGGAAACGACAAGCAGGCUGGCGUCAGUGGCUGAAGCGAACAACGUGAUUCUGUGCGCCCUCAGCGGGAUCUCGGGCCGUGCCGACGUGGUCAAGUAUCAGAAAGAAGGAGUCAAGGCAGUGCUUGUCGGUGAGGCGCUCAUGCGAUCUUCGGAUAAGAAGCGCUUCAUCGACGAGCUUCUUGGGUUGACAAACGGAAUUAAGAACAGCGAUACGAGCGUCAUGCAGUCCCCACUGGUCAAGAUCUGCGGCCUGCAAACAUCAGAGAGCGCUAUGACCGCGACACUGGCCGGUGCAGACUUUUUAGGAUUCAUCCUUGCACCGAACACGAAGCGGACGGUCACUCUGGCUCAAGCAGCCGACAUUAUCAACGUCGUUCGUUCCGUCAAGGGUGCACACGAUAGUUCCAAGAGCGACGUUUAUGGAAAAAUACAAACGGAACAGGCGAUGUUGUCAGCGUCGCCUUGGUUCGCCACUGCGGCGAACAGGCUCAAGUCUCACCCCCAUAGACCGCUCAUCGUCGGAGUGUUCCGAGAUCAGCCCCUUGACGAAAUCAAGCAUGUCGCGGAAACGCUGCGCUUGGAUGUCGUGCAACUACAUGGUCGGACCGAAUCGGUCGAGUGGGCCAAGUUCCUACCCGGCGUUUGGGUCAUUCGGGUAUUCAGCGUCGAUUCGAACUCUAAUGCGCAAUCGGCAUCCCUUGCGGAUGUCUUUCGGCCGGGCCUGCAUCACAUCGCAGCUCUCGAUUCUGGUAGCGGCGGUACCGGUGAACCCUUUGAUUGGAGCAUCGCUUCCACUUUGGCCAAUGUGGACAUUGUCUCGAACAUUGUUCACGGGACGAUGCCGGCCCGACAACCUCUGAUGCUCGCCGGCGGCCUGCAUGCUGGCAACGUUGCACGUGCGAUUCAAGCAGCACGUCCCUUGAUCGUUGAUACUAGCAGUGGCGUGGAAACCGAGGGCCGCAAGGACGGGACAAAGAUCAGGGAAUUUGUAGAGGCGGUAAAAGCCACAAAGAUUCUUGCAUGAUUGUAAUAUACAGUGCGAGUUGCAAGAUGCUGGACGAGGAUUGGAUCAUCUAC